AUGGAUCGUCUUCCUCGCAGCAGUGCACGCGACGAGGAGUUGGCUCGUCUUGAAGCCCGUGACACUUUUCUUGAAACACAGGUAGCCCAGAUCCAAGCAGCCUUGUCAUUAGACACGGCCCUAUCAAAAGGGAAGAGAACUUUACCCCAAACGGCCACGCCAUUGGACGCAGCCCCGCCAAGAAAGAAGAGAGCCAACAGAUCGGAAACUCAACUACAGACCAGCAAGGCAUCUCUCUUGACCUGUCCCGUCGAAGCAAAAGAGAAAGGUCCGAAUUUCGAUCGGCGAUACAAUUCUGAAAGAGGCCCUGCACCAUGUACACGAGCAUUUUCAAUGUCUUACUUGCAGUAUACCCGUGAUGAUUUGGAUUUACGUGUAACUGAAUUCAAGCUGCGCCACAGAAAUGCCACUGAGUGUCCUGUGCAACAGCGCUGUAAGCACUGGCAUAUCGUAGAUGGAACUGAAUGGCAUGAAGAAGGGGAUAUUUAUCUACUGCUUUACUGUCUAGACAUCGAGUCAGCUACGCAGGGCGAUACCGGAUGCGAGGGGAUCCGAAUGUUCGAUGACGAAGAGCCUCUCACUAACCGGAUUACUCUUCAAUCUUGCCGUAUCUUCAAUGCUUUAAAGCCUGACUUUAGUGUCGUUGAGGAUGCAGGCUAUGUGGUCCUUCAGUUUCUUGUGCUUGAUUAUGGGAAGACGGAGGAGGAGGAUGAUUCUGAGUGGAAGUGGAUGGAUCAGUUUGGACGGCUACUGUCGAAAAUGGGAUGUAAACGACAAAGUUAG